GUUUUGCACAGAUCCUUCAAGCAAGGAUGAGAGAUGAUACAGAUUGGCUGAAGUAUAUCAGUCCCACUGAGGGGACCUUAAUGAAUUUCACUUUUGGAAAAAACACACAAAUUCCAGGAUGGAUAUCCUAAAGGACAGCAACUUGGCCAUCGCACAAGAGACAGUUAAUCCAAUUAAAGAACCUGUGCAAAUCAUUGCCAAGGCUGGGACAUGGGAUAGUAAUUCAGCUUCCUACCUAGGCUGCAGUGUAUUUGUGGAUCAGAGCAAAAUCCCCAAACUGAAUGAUCAUCAGGACUCUUACGAACAGUUCCUUGGCAAGUCUAGGAAAGAGCUGAAGAAGCUAGCAAGGGAAGGAUGUUGGGCUGGAAGCCAUACCCUGAGAGCCAAGGCUUACCAGCACAUUAUCCAAGAUAUACCAUGCCGCCUAAUGACUCCUGAUGCCUUCGUCUACCGAGAUGUGGCCAGCAAGUUAUUUGGAAACCAGAGCGAAAGUUUCGAUCCCUUGCCUGAAUUCCUGUCAGGAAGCAUCAUGCCCGAAUACUGCCUCACUCCAGAAGGGAUAACGGCUUUGAAGAAAAUACUUAUCUGCAUUUCCAGUCUCUACCCUGAGAUUACAUACUGUCCUUUGCUCCCAGCUGUGACUGCUCUGCUGCUCCAUUACAGCCAAGAUGAGGCCCAAUGCUUUGAGAUUACUUGCCGACUCCUCUACUCCAAGGCUCCCCACACCACCUACAUAGACCAGUCCUUCCUGGCUCAUGAGGCCUCCUGUAUGACCUUAAGGGACUUAGCCAAUAAGCACUGCCCAGCAGCCCAUCAACUGAUAGCAAGCUCGUCAGACAUUUUUGAGGUGUACUCUGAGUGGUUGGUGUGGCUCUUUGAUGAUCUUCCCUUUAAUUAUGUCAUUCGCAUCUUUGAUGUGUAUCUCUUGGAGGGGCAAAAAGUCCUUUACCGCAUUGCUCUGGCACUGCUGAAGCAAUACCGUCUCUUCAUGACCUCAAGAGGACAAGAGGUAGUUGACAUCAAGGGAAGCUUGCAGGCUUUCCUGUGGGACAUUCAGGAAUACUUGGCAGCUGACAAGCUUUUAGAGAAAGCAUUUGGCAUCCGGCUUUUUUCCUGCAAAGAAAUCUGGCUUCUUCAAAUGGCUAACCGGAAGGCUCUGGUGCAUAAAGGAGUAACUAUGGUGCAUCACAGACAACCAUUCCACCUCAUUGUGAAUGCACAUAAUUUUAGUUCCACCAUUGUUAAAGCUCAAGAAAUGCGCAUUGUGUGGUCCUGGAUCCCAGAACGAUUUUCUUUAUACCCACCUGUUCUUUUAUUCUCAACUUCUGAAAACGGAUACAGUUUGCAAAGGUUUUAUUCCUGCUGUGAAGGCUAUGAGCCAACUUUACUGUUGUUAAAAAACACACUGGGAGAAGUAUGUGGAGCAUUUCUUUCCUCUGACUGGAAGGAAAGAAAAAAACGGGGAGGAACAACAAGUUUCUUUGGAACAGGAGAAUGCUUUAUUUUUACA